AUGACCUCUCCCAAUCCCGAACCGCCACUGAGCCCGACCACGUUGCAAUGUACUCCUCGCCGUGCCAGUGCCGCCAGUGAUCACCGGGUCCAGCGCGCCCACUACUCGCCACCAUGGGCGAAUACGUCCAUCAUUGGCAUUGCCGGGUCGUCAGGCUCUGGCAAGACCUCAUUGUCUCACGCCAUCAUCCGAGAGCUUAACCUGCCUUGGGUGGUUAUCAUGUCCAUGGAUAGCUUUUACCGGCCGCUUAUGCCCGAGCAAUCCGCGGCUGCGUUCAGCAACGAGUAUGAUUUUGACGCGCCCGAAGCCAUUGACUUUGAUAACCUGGUGGAGAAGCUCCGUCAGGUCAAGUCUGGCCAAAAGGCCAACAUACCACUCUACUCGUUCGAGAAGCAUGCCAGACUAGACCGUACGACGACCAUCUACUCGCCUCACGUUAUGAUUCUGGAGGGCAUCUUUGCUUUGCACGAUGAGCGCGUGCUGGACUUGCUGGAUCUUAAAAUCUUCGCGGAAGCGGAUGCUGAUCUGUGCUUGUCGCGACGACUGCUCCGUGAUGUCCGUGAGCGCGGUAGAGACAUCGAGGGCUGCGUGAAGCAAUGGUUCCGCUUCGUCAAGCCGAACUUUCACAAGUUUGUCGAGCCGCAGCGGCAUAUUGCUGAUAUCAUCGUCCCAAGAGGCAUAGAAAACAAGGUCGCAAUCAGCAUGGUCACCGACCGUAUCCACAAAACCCUCGCGCAAAAAUCACGUCUACACCAAGUCGAACUAAAACGUCUAGGCAAAGUCUCCGAAGACGACCCCCUCUCCGCCAACGUCUCAAUCCUACACCACACCAACCAAAUCCGCGGCAUCAAUACCCUUCUGAGCCGCCCGGACCUCGACCGCGAAGACUUCAUCUUCUACUUCGACCGUCUUACGGCCAUACUCAUAGAAAAGGCCUGCGACAUCGGCCUCACCUUCAAGCCCUGCCGAAUCUCCACCCCAGUCCCGAAUGAAACCUACCGCGGCUUCGCCCUCGACGGCGAAGUCUCCGCCGUCGUAAUCCUCCGCGGCGGCUCCUGCCUCGAAACCGGCCUCAAACGCGUCAUCCCCGACUGUCGAACAGGACGUAUGCUCAUCCAGACCAACUUCCGCACGGGCGAGCCGGAACUGCAUUUCUACAAGCUUGCGCUCGAUAUCGCGGAGCACGGGUGUGUGUUCCUUCUGGAUCCGCAGAUGAGUUCCGGAGGCGCGGCGUUGAUGGCGGUGAGGGUGUUGCUGGAUCAUGGCGUGAGUGAGGAGCGGAUUGUUUUUGUCGUGUAUAUGGCGGGGAAGAUGGGGUUGAGGCGGUUGAUGAGUGUGUUUCCCGAGAUCAGGGUGGUGGUUUGUAGGAUUGUGGAGGAUUUGGAGAGGAGAUGGGUGGAGCAGAGGUAUUUGGGUUGUUGA